ACAAUGGGUGAUGUAGUCAUGGCUGAAUUUGGCAAGGCGGCUCCGUACCUGAGGAAGUCUGAAAGGGAGCGCCUUGAGGCUCAAACCAGGCCCUUCGACAUCAAGACCGAGUGCUUUGUGGUUGACGAUAAAGUGGAGUAUGUCAAGGGCCAGAUCAUCAGCAAAGAGGGUGGCAAGGUCACUGUAAAUACGGAGGACGGGAGGACUGUGACCGUCAAGGAGUCGGACGUGCACCCCCAGAACCCACCGAAGUUCGACAAGAUCGAAGACAUGGCUAUGUUCACCUUCCUCCACGAGCCCGCUGUGCUGUUUAACCUCAAAGAGCGUUACGCAGCCUGGAUGAUCUACACCUACUCUGGGCUCUUCUGUGUGACAGUGAACCCCUACAAGUGGUUGCCUGUCUACGACGCAGAGGUUGUUGCUGCCUACAGGGGAAAGAAGAGGUCAGAGGCCCCCCCUCACAUCUUCUCCAUUUCGGAUAAUGCCUAUCAGUACAUGCUUACUGACCGGGAGAACCAGUCCGUUCUCAUCACCGGAGAAUCCGGAGCAGGGAAGACUGUCAACACCAAGAGGGUCAUUCAGUAUUUUGCCAGCAUCGCUGCUGCAGGCGGCGGCAAGAAGGACACCAGCAAAGGAACGCUGGAGGAUCAAAUCAUCCAAGCUAACCCCGCACUGGAAGCGUUUGGCAAUGCCAAAACGGUGAGGAACGACAACUCCUCACGUUUCGGGAAAUUUAUCCGCAUCCAUUUCGGAGUGAGUGGCAAACUGUCCUCAGCCGACAUUGAAACCUACUUGCUGGAGAAAUCUCGUGUCACCUUUCAGCUCAAGGCUGAGAGGAACUAUCACAUCUUUUACCAGAUUUUGUCCAACAAGAAGCCAGAGCUGCUGGACAUGCUGUUGAUCACCAACAACCCGUAUGAUUACGCUUACGUCUCCCAAGGAGAGGUUUCGGUUGCUUCAAUCGACGACACUGAGGAGCUGAUCGCCACAGACAGCGCCUUUGAUGUGCUGGGCUUUACAGCAGAGGAGAAGAUGGGAGUCUACAAGCUGACGGGUGCCAUCAUGCACUACGGUAACAUGAAGUUCAAGCAGAAACAACGGGAGGAACAGGCAGAGCCUGAUGGCACUGAGUCUGCUGACAAGUCAGCCUACCUAAUGGGGCUAAACUCAGCCGACCUCGUCAAAGGCCUGUGCCAUCCGCGAGUUAAAGUUGGCAAUGAGUAUGUCACCAAAGGCCAGAGUGUGGACCAAGUCUACUACUCCAUUGGUGCGCUGGCUAAGGCAGUGUAUGAAAAGAUGUUCAACUGGAUGGUGGUAAGAAUAAACCAGUCCCUUGAGACCAAGCAGCAGCGCCAGUACUUCAUAGGAGUGCUGGACAUUGCUGGCUUUGAGAUCUUUGACUUCAACACCUUUGAGCAGCUCUGCAUCAACUUUACCAAUGAGAAACUGCAACAGUUUUUCAACCACCACAUGUUUGUGCUGGAGCAAGAGGAGUACAAGAAGGAAGGCAUUGAUUGGGAGUUCAUUGACUUUGGCAUGGAUUUGCAGGCUUGCAUUGAUUUAAUUGAGAAGCCCCUGGGGAUCAUGUCCAUUCUGGAGGAAGAGUGCAUGUUUCCAAAGGCCAGUGACCAGACCUUUAAGUCUAAGCUCUAUGACAACCACUUAGGUAAGUCAAGCAUGUUUCAGAAACCACGUGCAGUGAAGGGAAAGGCAGAGGCACACUUUGCCCUGGUGCAUUACGCGGGUACUGUUGAUUACAACAUCUCAGGCUGGCUGGUGAAGAAUAAAGACCCACUUAAUGAAACUGUGGUGGGCCUUUAUCAAAAAUCCUCUCUCAAGCUCCUUAGUUCUCUGUUCCUCAAUUAUGCAGGAGCUGAAGGGGCAGACAAGUCUGGCAAAGGAGCCAAAAAGAAAGGAUCCUCUUUUCAGACAGUGUCAGCACUGCACAGGGAAAACCUCAACAAGCUCAUGAAUAACCUGAAGACCACCCACCCCCACUUUGUGCGGUGUCUGAUCCCUAAUGAGAACAAGACACCAGGAGUAAUGGACAACUGCCUUGUGAUGCACCAGCUUCGUUGCAAUGGUGUGCUGGAAGGCAUCAGGAUCUGUCGAAAGGGCUUUCCAAACAGAGUCCUCUAUGGGGACUUCAAGCAGAGAUACAGAAUCCUGAAUCCUUCUGCUAUUCCAGAGGGCCAGUUUAUCGACAGCAAGAAGGGUGCAGAAAAACUGCUGGGAACUCUGGACAUUGACCACACGCAGUACCGCUUUGGACACACUAAGGUCUUCUUCAAAGCCGGCCUGCUGGGAACCCUGGAGGAGAUGAGGGAUGACCAGCUUGCACGCAUCAUCACAAGAAUCCAGGCCUGUGCGCGAGCCCUGCUGAUGAGAGCAGAGUAUCAGAAACUUGUGGAGCGCAGGGACGCGCUGAUGGUCAUCCAGUGGAACCUCCGGUCCUUCCUGGGUGUGAAGAACUGGCCCUGGAUGAAAAUGUACUUCAAGAUCAAGCCACUGCUGAAGAGCGCAGAGGCAGAGAAGGAAAUGGCAAACAUGAAGGACGAGUUCAACAAGCUCAAAGAGGCCCUGGACAAAUCUGAUGGCAGACGCAAGGAGCUGGAGGAGAAGAUGGUGUCCCUCCUGCAGGAGAAAAACGACCUGCUUCUCCAGCUGCAGUCCGAACAGGACACACUGACUGAUGCAGAGGAGCGCUGUGAACAGCUGAUCAAGAGUAAGAUCCAGCUGGAGGCAAAGGUAAAAGAGUUAACAGAGCGAAUGGAGGAUGAGGAAGAGAUAAAUGCAGAUCUAACUGCCAAGAAGCGCAAGCUGGAGGACGAGUGCUCUGAGCUCAAGAAAGACAUCGAUGACCUGGAGCUAACGCUAGCAAAGGUUGAGAAGGAGAAACAUGCCACUGAGAACAAGGUGAAAAACCUCACUGAAGAGAUGGCCUCUCAGGAUGAGCACAUCAUGAAGCUGACAAAAGAGAAGAAGGCUUUGCAAGAAGCCCAUCAGCAGACUCUUGAUGAUCUUCAGACUGAAGAGGACAAGGUAAACACACUGACCAAGGCUAAAGCAAAGCUUGAGCAACAGGUCGAUGACUUAGAGGGCUCCCUGGAACAGGAGAAAAAAAUUAGAAUGGAUCUGGAACGUGCUAAAAGAAAGCUUGAGGGUGAUCUAAAAUUGACCCAAGAGAAUGUGAUGGAUAUGGAAAAUGACAAACAACAACUUGAAGAGAAACUCAAGAAAAAGGACUUUGAGAUCAGUCAGCUGAAUGGAAAAGUUGAGGAUGAGCAGGUGAUUGGCAUUCAGCUGCAGAAGAAACUGAAGGAGAACCAGGCCCGCAUCGAGGAGCUGGAGGAGGAGCUGGAUGCUGAGCGUGCAGCCCGUGCAAAAGUAGAGAAGCAGCGGUCAGACCUCGCUCGAGAGCUGGAGGACCUCAGCGAGCGGCUCGAAGAGGCAGGGGGUGCCACGUCCACCCAAGUGGAGCUCAACAAGAAGAGGGAGGCAGAGUUUCAGAAGCUGCGUAGGGAUCUGGAGGAAUCCACCCUGCAGCAUGAGGCCACAGCUGCCUCUCUGCGGAAGAAACAUGCUGACAGCGUUGCUGAGCUGGGGGAACAAAUCGACAACCUCCAGCGCAUCAAGCAGAAACUGGAGAAGGAGAAGAGUGAGCUGAAGCUGGAGCUGGAUGACUUGGCCUCAAACAUGGAGAAUGUGAUCAAGGCCAAAGCAAACCUGGAAAAGUUGUGCCGCACCUUGGAGGACCAGAUGAAUGAGCACAAGGCCAAGUCUGAGGAGAGCCAGCGGGCGCUCAAUGACUUCACUACGCAAAGGGCCAAGCUUCUCACUGAAAACGGGGAGCUCAGCCGCCAGCUGGAAGAGAAGGAGUGCCUGAUCUCUCAGCUCACCCGGGGAAAGAGCUCCUACACCCAGCAGCUGGAGGACCUGCGUAGGCAGCUGGAGGAAGAGGUGAAGGCGAAGAAUUCCCUUGCCCACGCAGUUCAGUCUGCUCGCCAUGACUGUGACCUGCUGAGGGAGCAGUAUGAGGAAGAGCAGGAAGCAAAAGCUGAGCUGCAGAGAGCCCUGUCCAAGGCCAACACAGAGGUGGCCACGUGGAGGGCUAAGUACGAGACUGAUGGAAUCCAGAGAACAGAGGAGCUCGAGGAGGCCAAGAAAAAACUGGUCCAGAGGCUGCAGGAAGCUGAAGAGGCAAUUGAGGCUGUGAAUGCAAAGUGUUCCUCCCUCGAAAAGACAAAGCAUCGCCUGCAAAAUGAGAUAGAAGACCUGAUGCUGGACCUUGAAAGGUCAAAUGCAGCAUCUGCAGCCCUAGACAAGAAGCAGCGAUCAUUUGACAAAGUUCUGGCAGAGUGUAGGCAGAAAUAUGAGGAGUCGCAGUGUGAGCUGGAGGCAUCCCAGAAGGAGGCCCGCUCCCUCAGCACCGAACUCUUCAAACUGAAGAAUGCAUAUGAGGAGGCUCUCGAUCAGCUGGAGACCAUGAAGAGGGAGAACAAAAACCUGCAGGAGGAGAUCUCAGACCUGACAGACCAGCUCGGCGAGGGAGGGAAGAGCGCCCACGAGCUGGAGAAGGUCAGGAAGCAGCUGGAGCAAGAGAAGACGGAGCUGCAGUCUGCGCUGGAAGAGGCUGAGGCUUCCCUGGAGCAUGAGGAGAGCAAGAUCCUUCGGGCUCAGCUGGAGUUCAACCAGGUGAAGGCAGACAUUGAACGCAAGCUCUCUGAGAAGGAUGAGGAGAUGGAGCAAGUGAAGAGAAACUACCAGCGCAUGGUGGAAUCCCUACAGACCUCCCUCGAGUCGGAGACGAGGAGCCGCAACGAGGCCCUGAGAGUGAAGAAGAAGAUGGAAGGAGACCUCAAUGAGAUGGAGAUCCAGCUCAGCCAGGCCAACAGGCAGGCGGCCGAUGCUCAGAAGCAGCUCAAGGCCAUCCAGUCCUACCUGAAAGACUCACAGCUGCAGCUGGACGACGCCGUCCACGUAAACGAAGACCUGAAGGAGAACAUCGCCCUGCUGGAGCGCAGGAACAACCUGAUUCAGGCCGAGCUGGAGGAGCUGCGCGCCAUGCUGGAGCAGACGGAAAGGGGCCGCAAGCUGGCGGAGCAGGAGCUAACCGAUGCCACGGAGAGGAUGCAGCUCCUGCACUCCCAGAACACCGGUCUGAUCAACCAGAAGAAGAAGCAGGAGGCCGACAUCCUCCAGCUCCAGAACGAGGUGGAGGAGGCGGUGCAGGAGAACCGCAAUGCCGAGGAGAAGGCCAAGAAGGCCAUCACUGACGCUGCCAUGAUGGCAGAGGAGCUGAAGAAGGAGCAAGACACCAGUGCCCACCUGGAGCGCAUGAAGAAGAACAUGGAGCAGACUAUCAAGGACCUGCAGCACCGCCUGGAUGAGGCCGAGCAGAUCGCCAUGAAGGGCGGGAAGAAGCAACUCCAAAAGCUGGAGGUGCGCAUCCGGGAGCUGGAGAAUGAGCUGGAGGCGGAGCAGAAGCGGGGCACGGAGUCCAUCAAGGGGGUGCGCAAGUAUGAGCGCCGCAUCAAGGAGCUCACCUACCAGACCGAGGAGGACCGCAAGAACAUGGCCCGCCUGCAGGACCUGGUGGAUAAGCUGCAGCUGAAGGUCAAGUCCUACAAGAGGGCAGCCGAGGAGGCGGAGGAGCAGGCCAACGCCAAUCUGGCCAAGUUCCGCAAGCUGCAGCAUGAGCUGGAGGAAGCAGAGGAGCGAGCCGACAUCGCUGAGUCGCAGGUGAACAAGCUCCGUGCCAAGACCAGGGAUGGAGCAGGCAAGAAAUCCCUCGACGAGUGA